AUGACUAUUCUUAUAUAUGAUCGGGUCCGCCUCGCGCAAGUACACACAACACCCGAGGAAACGAACCGUUAUGCAGAAUUUGGGAUAAGGGACGUAUCAGUCCGGACAGAAGCCGAUAGGCUUACGACUUAUCUCGUCGCGCUGGCCAGUGAUCUAGAGAUGACCAAGCCAUCCUUCAGAGUGAGGUCUUCGUAUUAUGCAUUACGAUGUUCUAAGCAACAAGAAUUCGAGAAGCACCCUUGGACAUCGCGAUUGUCAAUUGCAAAGAAGAUUUAA